AUGCGCGUGGUGUCGUGGAACAUCAACGGGCUGCCGACCACAUUCAAGGAGGCCAGCAGCAAAUACGGCUCCGUCGCCAACUUCUUCUCAAAUGUCCUCCGCGCGGACGUGCUCUGCCUGCAGGUACUGCUCACCAUCAUCACCGCGUACGACGCUGUUAGGACGGACCACGGGCGGUUUGUGCUGCUGAACGUGUACGUGCCGAAUGCAGGCGAGCGCAAGCACGGGCGCCCGCGGCUGCGACGCAAGAUGGCGUUCCUGCGAGCGUUGCGCUCAGAAUGCGAUGCGAUAAGGGCGAGUGGGCGGCACGUGGUGGUGGUGGGCGACAUCAACAUCUCCCACCGCGACAUAGACGUGUUCCACCAGUGGCGCGUUGCCCACAUCUACUGCCCUGCGGAGCUGCAUUGGCUGGAAGCGCUGUUUGGGAGCCCCGGUGCGCCCUACGUGGACCUAUUCCGCCACUUCCACCCCACGGCUGCCGGUGCCUUCACCGUGUGGGACCAGCGCACCGACGCGCGCAGCCGCAACGAGGGCCAGCGCAUCGACUACGCAGUGUGCGACACCGCCUUCCUCCCGCAAGUCCUUGCAUGCGACAUCGUGCGAGUGUCUCCCAAGCAGUGGAGCGACCACGCUGCCGUCGCCCUCACCCUCUCUGAUGAUACCUCCCCGAAGGUGCUGCCCCCGCACCCCCGCCCUGCGCUGUCCGCGCGCAACAUGCGGAAGUUCCAGGAAGAUGUGACGCAGAGGAAGCUGACUGCCAUGUUUGUGGCGCUGUGGCUGUACGUGUUCGCAUACGCGUCCACCAGUGUGGACCUGCAUCCGCACGAGCACCGCAUGCUGCCGCAGUUCUCGCCCUUCGUUGCUGGCGUUCAGGUGUCGCCACUGGCGCCGAUGCCAUCGCCCCCGCCCGUGCUGGUGACGUUCGCGCGCUACCCGCCCAUAGUCAACGAGCAGUGGGCCACGGGCCGCCCCAACGUGCGCGUCGAGCCCUACUCCUACCGGAGCUGGUUGUUUCACUUCAACAAGUGGUCGCAGAUCACCCUCUCCUUCUCCAACAUCCGCUCCCACCUCCCCCUCGACCUGCUAGUCGUUGAAGGGUUGAGUCAGAUGAAAAAGUUCAAGGAUGAUCCGAGGGCGUUCACUGGAGCACUGAGGAAAUACCCUCUCUCGGGCGACGACGCAGUGACGUUUCAAGUGCCCAGGGACAACGACUACUACUUCGUGCUCGUCAACUACAAUGCCUACCCGGCUAUGGUGGGCUUGGCGCAUUUCGAGGUUAUCAGUGUGCUGUAUGACAUCAGCAAGGGCAAGAAGGCCUGCAAGAUCAGGAACAGGCACCCUGCUCCCUUGGGAUCUUCAAACGAGACAGAUGACGUGGACGGGAAAACUUUAACAAACGCCACAAGUGGUUUCAUGCGCAUGCCUAUGUCCAUGAAUGGCUCUUCGGCUGUUGCCCCACGCAGCACUGCUGAGCUGAUGCCACCUGCUGAUGCUGAGAAUGUCACUGCCACAUACACCAGUGAUGGUGUUGCUCUCAUUGAUAGCGAUGAUGAUGAUGAUGAUGAUGACUAUGGCUUUUGCACUGCCAAGCUGCCACUGUGGGAAACCCGAUACGUUGUUCUUGCUGCUCCCAAGACGAACAAGCCUGACAGCACAUGGCAUGUGCAGGUGGUCUACCAGCCACGAUGGCUCGCCUACUUAGCUCUUGUUGGCAUCCCCUUUCUGCUCUCGCUCAUCGCCCUCUCCAUCUACCGCUGUCAGCAGUACCUGCAGCACCGCUCUGACUCCAUGCGCCAGCCCUCCUCCCUCGCCUCCAUCUCCACAGACCCCUCCCCUCUCCCCUCCUCCUCGCCCGCAGAGCACCACCCUCUUCUCGCCCCUACAGACUCCCCCCCGCUGUACACGCCUCUUGACCAAGCCACAGCAGCUGCGUGCAGCGACGUGUGCACAGCAUCCCAUUCACAAGCUCCGAUUCCUGACACAUGGGCUGUUUCAACCACCACUGACGCCCUACCUGAUUCCAGCGCUCCCUCAGCCCCUCCCCUGGAGUCAUCAUCACCCGGAAAGGCAGAGGCUGGGAUGGGGGCUACAUGGCGGGGGAGUGAGGUGGCAGGAGGGUCGGGGUCAGGUGUAGGGAAAGGAGGGGAGGGUGAGGACCAGGAUAAGAACUGCUGCUGCGUGUGCAUGGAGAAUCCGCGGAAUGCGGUCAUUCUGGACUGCGGGCAUCGUGCCACGUGCUACUCGUGCGGGCAGGAGCUCAUGCGCAUGGCAAACAAGCGGUGCCCCAUUUGCCGCAGGGAGGUGCGGGAUGUUACAAGGAUAUACGACGCGUGA